AUGUCAUCCCCACCACGAACCCUGUCCACCUCGUCCCCGGCCCCGGCGCCAGCCCAAGGCGCCGCAGCAGCAGCAGGGCCCGGCCCAGCAACCCCCGACAUCCCCGAGCCGGACCGGGACCGGUCCCCCUCGCCCGACCUGCCCUUGACGAUGACGGCCUCCCUGGUGCUGACGAACCUCCCGCGCGACGCGGCGGCGGCGCUGGCCGAGGUGGGCACGACUUUCGCGCAGGAGAAGGUCAUCGUGCGGUUCAAGCCCGUGGGCGGGUCGGCGCCGCCGAUGCCGCCGCGGCGCGAGCGCAGCACCAUCAGCGCGACGAGCAGGUUCGAGGCUGUUGUUGCGUACCUGCGGCGCACGCUCAAGGUCGCUGAGUCGGAUAGUUUGUUUCUUUAUGUCAACUCUACGUUUGCGCCGGCGCUGGAUGAGGUUGUUGGGAACCUGUGGCGGUGCUUCAAGGACUCGAAUGACCAGCUCAACGUUGGAUACUCGAUGACGCCGGCGUUUGGAUGA